GCCGGUAGGUCGUCCGUUACUUGCUCAGCGCGUUCCGAGGGGGCAUGGCGAAGACCGUGGCCUAUUUCUAUGACCCAGAUGUGGGCAACUUCCACUACGGAGCAGGACAUCCGAUGAAGCCACACCGCUUGGCACUGACCCACAGUCUGGUGCUGCACUAUGGACUCUAUAAGAAGAUGAUUGUAUUUAAGCCAUACCAAGCAUCCCAGCAUGACAUGUGCCGCUUUCACUCAGAAGAUUAUAUUGACUUCCUUCAGAGGGUGAGUCCCAACAACAUGCAGGGAUUCACCAAGAGCCUCAAUGCUUUCAAUGUGGGGGAUGACUGCCCAGUGUUCCCAGGGCUGUUUGAAUUUUGUUCUCGAUAUACUGGGGCCUCCUUGCAAGGAGCAACACAACUGAAUAAUAAGAUUUGUGAUAUUGCAAUAAACUGGGCUGGAGGCCUGCACCAUGCUAAGAAGUUUGAGGCUUCUGGGUUUUGUUAUGUUAAUGACAUCGUGAUUGGCAUUUUGGAGCUUCUCAAGUAUCACCCACGUGUACUUUACAUCGAUAUAGAUAUUCAUCAUGGAGACGGUGUUCAGGAGGCUUUUUACUUGACAGACCGUGUCAUGACAGUGUCUUUUCACAAAUAUGGGAACUAUUUCUUCCCUGGUACAGGUGACAUGUAUGAAGUUGGGGCUGAGAGUGGCCGCUAUUACUGCCUGAACGUACCUUUGCGCGAUGGCAUUGAUGACCAAAGUUAUAAACACCUCUUCCAGCCAGUCAUUAACCAAGUAGUAGAGUUCUAUCAGCCCACGUGCAUAGUGCUGCAGUGUGGUGCUGAUUCCCUAGGCUGUGAUCGUCUUGGUUGCUUUAACCUCAGUAUAAGAGGACAUGGGGAGUGUGUGGAAUAUGUAAAGAGUUUCAACAUUCCCCUUCUGGUGUUAGGAGGAGGUGGCUACACAGUUCGCAACGUGGCCCGAUGCUGGACUUAUGAAACAUCGUUGCUUGUAGAUGAAGCUAUUAGUGAGGAGCUUCCAUAUAGUGAAUACUUUGAAUACUUUGCUCCAGACUUUACUCUCCAUCCUGAUGUCAGCACUAGAAUUGAGAAUCAAAACUCAAGGCAGUACUUAGAUCAAAUCCGGCAGACCAUAUUUGAGAAUUUGAAGAUGCUGAAUCAUGCACCCAGUGUCCAGAUCCAUGAUGUCCCUUCUGAUCUGCUAAGCUAUGAUCGCACAGAUGAACCUGAUCCAGAAGAGAGAAGUUCAGAGGAUAACUACAGCAGGCCAGAGGCUUCCAAUGAAUUCUAUGAUGGUGACCAUGAUAAUGAUAAAGAAAGUGAUGUGGAGAUAUGAUGCCUGAAUCAUGCACAUUUGGACUAUAUGGAGUUCACUGUCUGGACAGUGGUCCUCUAAGGAAGCAGCAGUUUCCCGUAGAAAGCCUCUGCCCUUCCCGCCGGUUGCUUGAAGUGAAGGCAGCAGGACUGCUGAGUCAUGCAGUUACCCCGGAGCAAAAGGCAGCGGAGAGGUUCCCCCUCCAUUGCCUCUGUUCCCCUCAAGACUGUGCUCUGCCACUGUCUGUGGAAAUAGAAGUUCGUAAUAUUAGGUCCACGCAAGUCUGUUUUGCUGCUGUGCGACCAACUUCAGGUCUCAUUCUGCAGGGACUUCUGACUUGUUUUGAUACAGAUUGUCAUUCUGCUGAUUUGAAAUCCACAGUGAAAAGGUCAUUUAUUUGCCAGAUUUUGAGCCAAUCUGCAGUAUCACGGAUAAAAUGGAGAACCAGAUAAUGUUGGUUAAUAUUUUGCUGAGAUGUAAUGGAGGGACCUACGUACGUGGGGCUAAUCCAACAGUUCCAGCUCAUUUAGUUCAUAGCUUUCUUCCUGAGUUGUCUUUGUAGCAUUUUCCCCUCUAAAUCAGAAUGUACUGAAGACUCUUUAUCUGUAUGAGUAUUUUGAGGGACAGAAGGCUAGGACGAUCUUGUCAGUGGUGAAUUUAAUUCUGCAUGUGUGGCACAUUUCCAUGAUUUUUUUUACACUAAAGCACCUAUCCAUAGCUCAGUGCACCCAAUAGUUCAGGGUGGGCAGCUGUUUUGGGCUACAACUCCCAUAAUCCUUCACCAUUGGCUGUGCUGCCUAGGGCUGAUGGGAGUUGUAGGCUGGAGGGCCAUAAGUUGCCCACUCCUGCCCUAGAUAGAUCAAUCCUGCAUAGAUUUACAUCUUUGUCUUAGUGGAGGGGCAAGCUACUUCUCAAUGGAGCGCUCCCUUGACUGUGGGGACAAAUGUUAUCUUCAACAUCUCCCUAUUCCUGAACUACUUCCAUCUCUGAAUACAAUAUGUGGUGAAUCCUGCCUUUCAAAUACAGGCCUUACACAGAGGCUUGGACCCUAAGAUAAGUUCAUGGAAGGAAAAUUUCCUGUCCUUUCUUCCUUGCAACCUGUCUCCAAUUAUUCAGGAAAGGUCCUGGCUUUUGUGGGGGGAGGGAGGAGAGGAGAGGAUGGAAAACUUCCCUUCCAUAAUUUAAGUAAAACUUAAGUUAGGAUCCAAACUAAAGUUUAGAAGUCUGCAGAUUCUCUUUCCCCAUUGGCGCCAUAGACCUUGACGCAAUGUGGGCCUCGCUAUGGCUGUGGUUUCAAGCUGUGUGUGUUGGAGAUAAUUGUUAGUGUUGUUGUGAGGACUUCAUUGAAGCUAAAAUGACAGAACAGCAAUUGACCUUCUUUUCCUUAUGCUAUAUUUUACUUAUGUGUUUAAAAUAUUAAAUGACAGUAUAGUAUUUUUUUU